GGAGGCAGACAUGAGGCAGUGCUCUGUGAGUUAGAGCCCCGGCGGAGAGCUGCGGAGCUGAAAUGAAGCGCACACACACACGGAGGAGCGACUCACAGCAGCAGGAAGAAGAGAGGCUCUGAAGGAAGACUACUGCUCCAGGCUUGAAUGAAGGGCUCCGUCCAAUGCGGAGGAUAGCGCUCAUUCUGCUGCCCUGUGCUGUCGCCGUCCUGGUGCACUUGUGGUUGGCACAACGAUCCUCCUCCUCCUCCAACCCGCUGGACAACAACACCAACUCGGAUGAAUCACUACCUUUCUAUGAAGUUUUGGUGGGAGUGCUGUCAGCGAGACACCAUCAUGAACUGCGACAAGCGAUAAGAAAAACCUGGCUGGGCUACCUCCGAGAGCACCCUCACUUCCAGCACAGAGUCGGGGUGAAGUUCAUCGUGGGCGAACAUGGGUGUCCCAUUCCAGAGGAGGACAGGGAGGAUCCGUACUCCUGCUCCCUCCUGAACUUCACACAGCCAGUGGCAGGCCAGGAUGCGGAGAUAGAGAUCGUGACGGUGUCUGAUCCCUCGGUGCUCGCCCCCUCCGACGUGUCGGCCAUUGCCUUGGAUUUCAAGGUCCUCCACCCCGUGGUCAUCACUAGGCUGGGGGUGUUUCCCAGCGGGACCCGGCCCGAGCUUCAGAGCAAUGUGACGGUGAAGCUUCUCCAGCUGGACCAGGAGGAGGCUGUGGUCACUGCUCGCUUCAGUGCCAUCAGCACAGGGACCGAGGUGAGCGGGGUCUGGUACAAACCAGUGGAGCAGUUCAUCUUGCCUAAGGGUUUUGAGGGGACACUGGUCUGGGAGAAUAUGGACUCUGCUGGACUGACCACAGUCAACUCCUCCUCUGUGCAGCUAAAUGAUGGAGGCGGCGUCCUCAAGAUCUCCUCUAUCGCAGAGGGCGUAUUGCCUCAUAGAAGUGCGCUUGGAUUUCCCGGUUUGGCUGGAGGGUUCACAUUUACUAUCUAUGAUGAAGACGGUCUGUCGGGGCUCCUGCGGGGCCGCCCAGCCAGGAUGGAGCACCAUGCCUCCAGGCUGAGGCGGGAGGAUGCCGCCUUGCAGCAGGAGAGCCUCAGGCACGGCGACAUGGUGUUUGUAGACGUGGUCGACACCUACAGGAACGUGCCUUCCAAACUGCUUCAGUUCUAUAAAUGGUCUGUGGGAAACGCUGACUUUAAUCUGCUGCUGAAGACGGAUGAUGAUUGUUACAUCGACGUGGACUCGGUAUUAAUGAAGAUUGACCAUAAGGGUCUCAAGCGCAGCAAUUUCUGGUGGGGGAAUUUCAGGCAGAGCUGGGCAGUGGACCGCAUUGGGAAGUGGCAGGAGCUGGAGUACGCCAGUCCAGCCUACCCGGCGUUUGCCUGCGGCUCAGGCUAUGUGGUCUCCCGUGACUUGGUCCAGUGGCUCGCCAGUAAUGCAGAUAAACUGAAGGCCUACCAGGGAGAAGAUGUGAGCAUGGGGAUAUGGAUGGCAGCUGUUGGACCACAAAAAUAUCAGGACCCCGGCUGGCUGUGUGAGAAAGAGUGCUACCUGGACAUGCUGUCGUCUCCCCAACACACCGCCGAGGAGCUGCACAUCCUCUGGGACAGGAAGAGGGCCUGUGGAGACCCCUGUGGGUGUCCCUGGGGCCACUAAAUCUGGCUCUCGCCACGCGGCACUGUGGGUAAAAUACACUCGGCAUUAGUUCAGUUACUGUGGUUUCCUUAAAACCCCAAACUGAGUCGUUUAAGAGUUUUAUCAGUUGUUAUUUUAUGAUGAAAACACGUUUGAAAUGUGGCGACAUCCCGUUGGAAAAUAAUCUUAAAAACGUUGAGAUUUCAUUGCAGGUUAUUAACAAAAUGCAGCUUCAGAAUACGUUAAAAACUCAUGUAGCUGUAGCAUACUGUCAGCAUUUGUAUCAUGAACUCAGUUAUUAAAUUGAAAAUGUCUUCAGUGGAACAGACAAAAGACUGGAUUAAAAGAUGCUUUAGUAAUGUGAUGAGGACAAAAAUCAUGUGCGAUAUCAGCAUGUGAUGGUCAUCAUGUACAGAAUCACUGCUGUAUGACUUGAGUACUCUGUAAUAUUAUAAUUAUUGGUACUCAAACUUAAACCUUUUGGUUUAAAAGGGAUAUUUGAUGGAAGAGAAAGAUGAUUGCUUUACAUUGCUAUAUUUUGUAAAUUAUUGUCUAAAGCUUUUCAUCCUCUUUGCUAUUUGUAGAUUCACGACGAGCUUUCUCACAAAAACACACAGUUUGUACUGUAACUGUCAUUGUGCAAAUAGUGAUGUGGCCUUACUGUAUUUGUUAGGCAUCAUAGAGUGCUGCAGGAAUGAGUCCUAAAACCCGGAAGUGAGCAUUUUAGCACUUCAGGUUCCCUCGUCUCAAAGUCAAUAGGUUUUUUGAAUGCGUUUAUAUUUAGAUGCCUGAAAUAAGGUCUGUGGUUAACACAAGUUUAAGAUAUUUUUACGUUUUUUCCUAUAAUACAAAACACGUCAGUAAAUAUCCCACUCGUGGAUUUUUAAGCCUUUAUGUGUCUUAAAAAAAGUGGUUGCUAACAAGUGGCUAAAUGAGACUACUAAACAUCAUCACGCUGAGUAAUCCGACUUUACAUUCUUGUUGUGUACACUCAACACUCAUGCGACCGUGGUGAAGUUUAUUGCCUAACAUUAGCUUUUCACUUCUGGCGAUUGCAUUUACGCUUCAAAAAUCAUAAAAGUGGUGUUUAUUUGUUGAGAUUAUCUUGCUGAACACAACGU